AUGAGUGAGUCGGUCCCGCUCCUUCGGCGUCGCUCCUCGGGGACGUGGGGGACGGGGGGGGACGGGGCCGUGCCGGGGGCACCCGCCGCGGCGAUUUACCGAGGCCGGCUGUGCCGGCCCGGGAGGGCGGGCGGGAGGGAGGCGCAGGGCGGGUGGCCGCGCUUGGCGCUGCCGCUGCCGGAGCCUCCCGGCCGGCACGGGCUCACACCUGCCGCCGCGCCGCUGCCGGUCGCCGGCCCCGCUCCGGUCCGCUCCCCUGCCCGCUGCCGCCUCACCCGCCACCGGCACGGGGGUAGUGGGGGGAGGUGGGGGUGGGGGCAGAGGGAAAAAACCCAGAAGUUUGGCAAAGUUCUUACCCAGCCCCGCGCGCCUCCCGGCAGCGGCGGGCGCGGGGCGGCGGCGCCCCCGACGGCGCGGGGCGAGGCGGCGGGCCCGGGGGGUCGCGGGCAGGGAGGGGGGGGUCUCGGGGUGGCGCUUCCGCGGGGCGCGGGGGUUGCGCGGGCGGCCGAGCGGCGAUGGCUGGCCCAGCCGGGGGCGCGCCCGUGGCGGUGGGUGGCACGUCCCCCCCGCCCGCCCGCGGCACGACCCGGCGCUGCCGCUGUCACAGGGAGUAGUGCCAGGAACUCGUCUCUGUGCUCCAGGAUUUUAUUUUUUGGUUUUUCCGCUCCGUCUCCGAACCCGCCACCCGAGGUUUUGCUAAACCCUCGCCCCUUUGUCGCCGUCUCCGCCGGCUGUCGGGGGGAGCGCUCCUGA